CUCGUGCAGGACAGCGUCCGGACCGGCGGUCGAGAGAACAAACGUGUUUGUCAAGUCAUCGAGGGACGCCAUGGCAGUGGAGAUGGAAUAGAAAGUUCUAUUCAGCUCUAUUGUUCUAUUGUUGGACAAUGUGCUAUCUCCGGUAUGUCCGUCACUAACCCAAAAGAGCGAUACGAGACGGAUCCAUUCGUUAUGAUAAAAGGAGUAUAAAAUCAUCAGGAGUAUUUCUCACCUUCCUAUCACAAGAUCAAUCCACAAUGGUCUCCCUCUCUCAAGUCAUUGCGUCAAAUCAACGCAUCGCCACCCUCCCUCCCGGUCUGGUCGCCGUCUUUGUCGGCGGCACCAGCGGCGUGGGCGAGUACACCGUCAAGGCCUUUGCGCGGUAUGCCGUCUCGCCACGGGUAUACAUCGUUGGUCGGUCGCAGGAGGCAGCAGACCGGAUCAUCGCAGAAUGCCAGCAGACGAACCCGGCGGGUUGCUUCACCUUCCUCCCGGGGGAUGUGAGUCUCCUGGCGACGGUGGACGAGGUCUGUCGUGAGAUCAGGGAGAAGGAGAGCGCCAUCAACCUGCUGGUCGAGACGCAGGGGACAAUGGCAUAUAGUAGGAUCACUGCGGAAGGCCUCCCCCUCGCCUUUGCAACGGCAACCCACUCCCGACUGCGGUUUAUAUUGAACCUGCUCCCGCUUCUACAGAAAGCACGCUCGCUGCGACGUGUGGUCAGCGUGCUGGCUGCGAGCUGCGAGGGCCCCAUCGACAUGACCAACAUGCCUGCGCUCGGGUUCGCGCUGUACAAGUCGCGCGACCAGAUGGCCUCGAUCCAGACCCUGCUGCUGGAGGAAGCCUGUCGCCGGGCCCCCGACGUGAGCUUCGUGCAUACCGUGCCCGGCGUGGUGCGCGGGGGCAUCACUCGGGAUGCCGAAAGCAACGGCCUGCUCAUCGCGGUGUUUAAUCUGCUGAUGCCGUUUGUCGCAACCCCCGCGGCCGAGUGUGGAGAGCGACACGUCUUUCUGGCCACGAGCGCCGUCUAUCCACCCUCUCAGGGAGCGGGGAAGGGGGCAGGAGUAGUUUACCCAGAGAACAGCUCUCCCUGUCGCGGCAGUGACGGCAAAGCUGGAAGUGGAAUGUACACCGUCGACAACAAGGGAGAGGCCUCUCCGGCUAAGGUGGAGCGGCUGCUGGCUGGAUUCCGGGCGGACGGGACGGCGACGAAGGUGUGGGAGUAUAUUGAGGCAGAUAUGAAGCGGAUUACGGGGCAGCAUUGCCAGCAGUAGCAUCAUCAUUCACUUGGAAGCAAUAUACAUGUACUACGUGAGUAACAAAGGUCCGGCUAAUCCUGGUAAGCCGUAUUUCCAUAUAUCCCGACGGGAAAUCUGAGCAAUCUGAUGCAGGGUACAUUAGCCG